AUGAACGUCUUUGACCGCAACAUCAACUUCGACGCCCUCUUCAAGUUCUCCCAGAUAUCUCACUCCACCCAGGUGCACUUGAAGAAUGUGUACUCCAGCCUGGCGGUCUGCAUGUUUGUGGCGGCGGCCGGCUCAUACGUGCACGUCGUCACGCGCCUCUUUCAGGGCGGCGUGCUGUCUGCGCUCAUCUCUCUGGGGAUGAUGUUCUGGCUCGCCAUGACGCCACACAACUACGAGACGGAGAAGAAGAGGCUGGCUAUCCUCGCUGGGUUUGCCUUCUUCACAGGCGUCGGCCUCGGCCCCACGAUGGACUUUGUCAUCGCCGUCAAUCCGAGCAUCAUCGUGACGGCGUUCAUGGGAACCUCCGUGAUCUUCGUCUGCUUCACGCUGAGCGCGCUCUACGCCAAACGCAGGAGCUACCUGUUCCUCGGAGGCACGCUGAUGUCCGGCCUCUCCCUCCUCUUCCUCAUGUCCAUCAUGAACAUGUUCUUUGGAUCCGUGAUGCUGUUUAAGGCACACAUGUACCUCGGGCUGCUCAUCAUGUGCGGCUUCGUCCUGUUCGACACUCAGCUCAUCAUCGAGAAAGCCGAGAACGGAGACAAGGAUUACGUCUGGCACUGCGUCGACCUGUUCCUGGACUUCAUCACCAUCUUCAGGAAACUGAUGGUCAUCCUCGCCAUGAACGAUAAGGACAAGAAGAAGGAGAAGAAGUAAAGAAAGUUCAAGUCUGCGAAGUAAAAAACAACAAUCUCGUCAGACAAAGGCACAAUUUGCGACGCACUUGGUGCUUUUUUUUUUUUUCUCUCCACUUCUUUCUGUCUUCAUUUAUCGAUUAACUCCUUCGUGGUCUUAUUAUAUUAUCGAUUUUUCUUCUGGUUUGUUUUUCCGAGCUCGCGGCGAGGGUCGGCCGUGAGCUCGGACUGACGCUGUAGUCCCGUGGUGGCUGUGAAUGGAAGUUAGACUAACGCUGCAGUGAACACGCUUGGCCUGUAGAGGGGAGCGUUGCCCCGUGGAGGUUUUCACAUUACUGUUAUUUAGUGCCAUAAAUUAACGACAUCAUAGGCUCCUUCUUCUUUCUAAUCUAGUGGGUCAUGUGAGCUUCUGAGACUGAUCAUCGUUCAUUUGAAGUUUGUAAUUACAGUCGUUGAUUUGCUUAUUUAUAGUUUUCCUCGUUAAGACAUGAUUUCUGACAACAGACGAUGACGUGAUCGUUUCCCCUCCCCGUGAAUCUUUUGGUUGUUUUGUGAGUUUGAACACUGACCGUCACGUGAGCGCCGAUCCACACGAACCAACUCCAAUCAGGAUUUUUGGACUUUUGGCCGGUGACGACUUCAUUCAGACCGCUCCACUCCACCCCCGUGUAAAUUUCUCUAAAGUUUCUCUGUUGUCUGUAAAUUUAGUUUGCCAAAUGAUCUGAAGUUAACCGUAUGAUUUUUUUUUUUUUUGGAAGUGUAAACUGUGAAGAAUUUAUUUUAUUGAUGUAAAAUUGAAACUAAUAAUUUGAUACAUUUGCUCAAAUAAAUGUGUUGAACGUACCGAGA